AUGAGUAUCAAGUGCGACGACUACAAGAAGACUCCAGUCCUCUACAGGAAGCGUUUUACAGCCGAGGAAGAUGAACUUCUCCGCAAGCUUGCUAAAGACAACACUAACAAGACGUGGCGCGACAUUGCAAAGCACCUCCCAGGAAGGAGUGCCACACAGUGCAGAGACAGAUACAACCAAUACCUCUUCCCGAGUGUUGUUUCCAAGCCAUGGAGUGACGAAGAAGACAGAAUCAUUGUCGAGAAGUACAAACAAUAUGGUCCACACUGGUCGAAGAUCUCAGAGUUUCUUCCAGGCCGCAGCGGAAGCAACAUCAAGAACAGAUGGAAUGGUGCAUUAUCACGUUUCCAUGGUAUCCCACACAAGAAGUCGAAGCUUGAGCGUAGACAGCCACGCAAUAUCUUAAAUGCGCUUGCACAAUCAGAAACAGCAAUUGUUUCUCCAUCUUCUGAUGAAAGCUCAAGUGAUGCUCAAGACAUUUUUGACCAACUUACAGAAGGUCUCAUCCAACAGGAAUACGAUACAUUUGAUCUCUUCAACAGCUGGGAAGAUAUCACAAUGUAG